CAUUUUUUUUGCUUUGUGGUUGGCGUUCCCUGCUCCAUAGGAAUUGGAAAGGAAGGGUCGGUGGUGUGGUGGGGAAAUCUGAAGGAUUAGGAGCCAGGCAUAAUGAGAGAGGGGUGUCGGAGUGAGGGAAGAGCUGGCUUGAUUUGAGUGGGGGCAGUAGGGUCUGGGAGCUGAUUUCAUCCUCCUCUUUCUGUCCUCCCCACCCACCACCUCCUGGCACUGUCCCCUGGUCUCCUCCAGCCAUGGGUUCAGAAGGAAGGGGUCUGGACGUGGUGCUGGAGCUGGCAACGGAGGCGAGGAAUUUCCAACUGGCUGCCGAGAUCUACCAGCGGCAGCUGCGGGCCAGGCAACAGCAGCAAGCGGGGGGCGAUCCAGAGGAGGUCCGCUUGAGACGUGCUCGCUGCCUGGUGCUGGCGGAGAGGCUGAGCGAAGCGCUUCAGGAGUACCAGCACCUCUCGGCUCAGGGCAGCCUGCGAGCCGAGCACCUGGGGGAGCUGGUGGAUUUCUUAGCCGGGAGCCUGAGGGUCAGCCAGGGCUGGGGAGAAGGUGAACCCCCGGGCGUGGGUUUGCUGAGCUGCCGCUGGUGUACGGGCACCUUGUUCGAGCCGGUCACUCUACGCUGCGGACACACUUACUGCAAAAACUGCCUGGAGAAGGAACGAGAGAGCCAGAGGGCUUGCUGCAAAGUUUGUAAAGAGAGAGUCCCUACUGCCGGAGCCUGCAGAAUCAACGUGGUCCUGAACAGUUUCUUAGGCAAAUACUUCCCGGCCGAGACCAGAGCACUCACUCUCAGACACGAAGGGAACAGCUUAUAUAAGAAAAACAAACCCCUGGCCGCCUUAGAGAAAUAUCACCAAGCUGUUGCAUUAGCCCCCAAAGACCACUUGCUGUUGAGCAACCGUGCACAGAUUAAUGCGAGUCUGAAAUGCUUUGAAGAUGCACUGCAUGAUGGAAAUGCUGCUUGUAACAUCCAGCCUUUCUGGUCUAAAGGUCACUUAAGAAAAGCACAAGCACUAGCUGGCCUGCAGAAAAUGGACAAAGCUUUGAAGGAGUAUCUAAUUUGUAUUGCUUUAGAUUCAGAAAAUAAAACAGCAAAAAUGGAAGCCCAAAAGAUCCUGUGUGAUUUGCUCUCGCCCAUUGCUGAAAAUAUACAUCAAAGGUUACCUGACAUAAUGCAAGUUAUGUCUCCACGAUCUCGAAUUAAGGGAAUUGUCCUGAACUCACUGAAUUCUAGAAAUUCCAGCAAUGUAUUUGAAAAUUCAUGCAAGGUAAAUGUUGAUACAACUGGCUUUGACACCAAACAAGAAUGGAAGACCCACUCCUACUGUAACUCAACGAAACCAGCUCAAGUAAUGAGUGAAAACCAAGACACUUUGAAGAAUUUGUCCACAGAACCAGCCUUGAUGAUUUCCGAAAGGAAGAAUACUUUGAAAACACAGCGCAGUUCUAUUAAAGAUGAAGAACCUGGAACAACUGAAGGCUACACCAAAUGCAAUAAGCGAGCCAGGUCACAGAGUCCCGGGAGAGAACAUGAUAUCUUACCGAAGCUCGUUGAUGCGUUUGACCUGGAGUGUUCCCUAUGUAUGAGGUAUGAGGUACCUGCUAGUUCCUGCUAUUGUGUUGAUGCAAAUGUUACCAUAUUAAGUGAUAAGGACCAACUGCUGGCAAAUGGGACUGGAUUAAUUGGGAUGUCUGGUUGGCAUGGUCUCAACAAAGCUGUGCCAAUAUUUAUCUGCACUAUGGCGUACCCCACUGUCCCAUGCCCACUACACAUCUUCGAACCCCGUUACCGGUUAAUGAUCAGAAGAUGCAUGGAGACUGGCAACAAACAAUUUGGAAUGUGCUUAAGUGAUCCAGUUAAAGGUUUUGCUGAUUAUGGCUGUAUGCUGGAGGUCAGAAGUGUUGAGUUGUUUUCGGACGGUCGUUCAGUUGUGGACACUAUUGGCAGAAGAAGGUUUAAAGUGUUACGACACAGUGAAAAGGACGGAUACAGCACUGCAGAUAUUGAAUACCUUGAAGAUAAAAAGGUAGAGGGAGAAGCUUACGCUGAACUCGUUCGUCUGCAUGACCUUGUCUAUGAUCAGGCAUACCUGUGGUUCAGCUCACUCAAGCAAGUAUUGAAGACUCGAAUUCUCAGCCACUUUGGACCAAUGCCAAGGAAGGAUACAGAUAUACAGGCCAGUCCCAAUGGCCCAGGCUGGUGCUGGUGGUUGCUGGCUGUGCUGCCACUCGAGAGUCGGGCUCAGCUUCCUUUCCUCGCCAUGACAACGCUUCAGGAACGCUUGAAUGGCAUUAGACGUGUGUUAUUGUUCAUGUCGCGCAACUGUGCACGAUGACUGACUGACUGGUUUGAUUGCUGUGGUAGGAACGACUGUCAGCUCCACAAUAGUGACGUUUUUUUCUACAUUCAUGUCUUAUCUGAAGCAGUCUGAUAAAAGGAGUAUCAUCUAUUGAAGGAUGUGCAUAGUCAGGAUGAUUUGAAGAGUGUUACUGAUAAUAUAAUCAAUUGACGGCAUUUAGUGCUUACGCCUCAGUACUAUUUUGUGACUAUUUUUACAGCCUAAUCCCAAUAAUAUCUUAUUUUGAGAAUGUAUAUUUUUGUUAAGUCAUAUGUAUAUUUAUGGAGCUACAGAAGUAUGAAAAAUAUUUAUGCAUUCUUAUCUACUCAGAAUUCAGUCUGGGGCUAAGAUGAAAUAUCUGUAAGGAAUAUACAAACUACAAAAUAGAUUCAAAUGAUAAAAUGUUCUACUGGACAUAGUAAAAGGAAUGUACUAUUUAUUUCUGGAAAACAAAUACACUGGGAAGUAGAGAUCUUCAUGCAAUCUUUCUUUUUGGGGUGAAUCUUAAAACUAUUUUGUUAGACAUAUGCUACAUUCAAUAUUUUCUUGUUACUCUUUGUAAGAUCCACAUUCAAACUUUCCUCCCCCUUCUGCUCUCCGUUACAAAGAAUUAUGAACAAACCGAAGCCAAAAAGGUAGGUGGACAAUUGAUUCACAAGAAACCUAGCAGUAGUUUGUAGGACAAAGUCAGAAGUUACACGAAGCCGGGUGAUAGUCCAACAGGUUUAUUUGAAAUCAGAAGCUUUCUGAGCGCUGCCCCUGACUCCACCUGACAAAGGGGCUGUGCUCUGAAAGCGUGUGAUUUCAAAUAAGCCUGUUAGACUAUCACCUGGUGUCAUGUGACUUCUGACUUUGUCCACGCCGGCAUCUCAUCAUAGUAGUUUGUAGCUGUGAGGAGGCAUGGGAGAUGGCUGGAGUUGACAAAUACCUUUUACUGUUCCUGUUCUCUCUCAUCUUACCCCCUCCACCCCAUGAAGCUGCAAUUGAGUUCCUCCUUGUAGUAACACAGCUGAGAUCAGGGAUUUAAAGCUCUUAUCGCACUGUAGCACGGUGCUCCCAUUGUGCCACUCUGCCAUCCAUAAUUUCCUCUGGGUAAAAUGUAUUUAAAGCCUAAUGUUAAGUAGCAUUUAUAGUCAUAAGAAACACUUGUCUUCCAUGGACACCACUGCGUCCAGCACAAAAUACAAGGAUGGACCACUUAGCCUGGGGAUUUUUUUUACUUGAAAGCAUGUUUGCACCUUGUCGGAUUUUGGAUUCCUGUUAUAUUAUCAGUAACAUUCAGUUUAACCUGAAAAUGUGCACAUUCCUUCUUAUGUGUUCUCAUAAAGCCAAAGCUAAAUAUAUUUAUUAUCUUAUUUUUGCAACAAUCCAUGUCGUAUGCACGCAGCAUUCAGAGGUGUGCAAUAAUUUAACCUGCCUAUACCUAUUAAAUUUGUCACAUUCUUUUGUGAAGUAUAAUGUCACAAUCUUAAGUGAAACAUCAGGCUGAGUAUACUAAUGUGGAUUAGGAUAGAGUAGCAGAAUUCUGCUUUCUAAUACAUAUUCUGAUUAUAUGAAGUACUGUUUGGUUGAGAACAUUAUGUAUGUUUUAAAAACAUUAUUCAAAACAUGUAACUUUGUUUAGACCUAGUGAGUGUAAUUGUGGAAUUAAUUUUUAUCUAAACAUAAUCUUGACUGGUCGAUGCCCCUAGCCUUAAUAACUCUGUUAAUUGCUUUCUGACAGUUAAGCAAAACUGAACAAUGUUAAGUGCGUUGCAAUUGACCCCACAAUCUUUCGUGCUUGAAUGUAACAUAUUGCUUCAGUAGAACAACUCAGAUAUGCUGUGAAGUAAUUUUGAUGGCCUACCUACUAACAAAAGGCUAGGGGUUUGGUACUGGUUGAUUCUGAGUGAUCAUAUGAUAACUUGUCCUAUUUGCAUUGAGUGGGCUUAGUUUAAAAAAUUAUGAUUUAAAAUCAAGCCCCGAAUUAUUUACACAUGCUGUUUUAAGGUAUCACCCAAUCUGAAAACUAAAAAAUUGAGAGGCACUGUUUACUGACAUCAGAAAGAAGGAAUAUACAGAUUAGUGGUAGUCUCUAUUCCAGAGGUUUUAUUGUAACUAAUCGUUCCUUUUGAUGUGGUGUCUUAGCAGUGUUUGGCGAAUAAGCACAAUUUAGCAUAGAAUUUCAAUAAAACAACAGUGCCUCUUUAAAAUAUUUUUCUACUUAAAUUAUUCAUACAUGUUAUUAACAUUUCAGCUUAGCCUGCAUAAUCCAACAUACUCUUCCUCUCUCAGUCUUUCUUUUCUCACUAACUAAUGGUGUUUGUUUUAACAUGAAGUGAAAGUUCUGAUCUGACUCCUUAUCAGUAUUUUCUCUCCUUUGCAAAUUGACCAGUUGUUGUCUUAAAUUGGAUAAUGAUGCAAAUGGAGAAUUGAUGUCAAUUUCUAAAUUUCCAUCAAUUGGUGGAAGAAUUUUGUUUAACCACUUGUUCAGUGGAGUUAGGUGAAGACCAAUUUUGGUGUAGUAGACUGUGUGUACAUGUUAACGUGAAGAUGAAAAGCAAUAGAGGUCAAACACGAGUGGCACGUCAGACUAACGUGGGAGCGUACAUGGAUUGCGUUACUUACUGACAUACAGUAACUUCAAUUUCCCAUUGCAGAUGUAGAUUAAGGAAUCCAUUUGGGCUGUCGUAAAACACCUAUCCAAAAUGAAUAAAGUUUUGCAUUGCUCCAUUGUGUCUUAGGAGUACAGGGACAGAAAUGGGGAUUUGGCAUGAGCCUGUUCUGCCAUCAUCCUUCACAUAUAUCUUAACUCCAUCUACCUGCCUUGGUUCUGUAAUCCUUAAAACUUUGUCAGGCAGAAGUAUUAUCAAUCUUGUUUUUCGGUUGACCCCACCCCCCCCUACCCUUCUUGAAGUACAUCUAUUGAAUACCCCUGAAUGGCCCAAUUCCAAUUGUAAGGCUAAUCCUGAUUUUGGACACUACCAGCAGAGAAAGCAGUUUCUCUAUCAACUCCUUUGAUCAUUUUAAUCACCUCAAUUAAAUCACCCUUAAUCUUCUUUAUUCAAAGAAAUGCAAAGGUUGUCUGUGCAACCUGUCUGCCAAUGGAACUUGACUAAGUCAGAACUGACACUAGAUAAUGUCUCUUUCACAAUCCUACCUGGAAGAUCAGUCCUCUGGUCUUUUCCUUAUGCAUAAAGAAAUCCUUUCAAAUUUGAAUGAUCAUUUAACUAGUUUUGACCUAUGGUCUCUUGUUCUAGUUUUUAGACUUACCCAAUUAAACAACCUGCAUUUAUAUAAUGCCUUUACUAUAGCUAAACAUCCCAAAGUGUUUCAUGUGAAUAUACCAAACAAAGUAUAACUGACAGGUGCAAGGAGAUAUUAGAACAUCAUUUAUCCAGAGAGGUUGAUCUUCUUAAAGGAGGAGAGAUAGAAAAGAGGAAAGGCUUAGAGGGGAAAUUUGGACAUAAAUUAUAUUACUUGUAUAAUUUUAUAAGUUUAUUUUCCAGCUACCCUGUUUUAAGUGUAAAGAGCCCAGUUUCUCUAAUCUAUCCCUCACACAGAAUGUACAGCACAAAAACAGGCUUUUGGGUCAACUAUUUGUGCUGGUGUUUAUAUUCUUUGAUGCCAGGAAUCAAUUUCAUUCAUUUUUCUAUAUUUCCUCCAUAGGAUAAGAUGUAGUCUGACUAGGGAAUGUAUUAUCUUAGCCUAGUAUCCUCUCACUUACAUUAGACUGCUUGAGCAUUGCAACUAAGCAUUUGUUCUGGUUGUUGCUUCUCUUUGGUAAUUGUAAGCACUGAAUUUUUUAACAGUCCCAAAUCCCUUUCCAAUUCACCUUUUAAAAUGUCCUUUGUGAUGCCUGUUUCUCCUUCCAAUACAGAGAACAUCACAUUUGUCUAUAUUGAAUUUCAUGAACCAAAGCUACAUUAAUAAUGACUUGUACAGUUCAGUGCUGAAUUGAAAUGAACGUCAUCGUGUUUUACUGUUUCAUUUUGUGCCUUUGCUUCCUCCCCCGUUUACUUCAAGCACCAUCCAACUAGUUGAUCCUGAUGUUGGAGAGACUACUGUGAAUUUGUUGUGAUUUCUUUCUUGUUGUCACAUUGCAACACUUCAUUUUGUUUCUGGAACUCUGUCCUCCUUUAAGCUGUUGAAGCAGAGGGAACAAGUGGAGCUUUCAAGAAUGAAAUCAGAAGACAAAAAUAAAAGGGGAUAUGGAGUGAGGGCACUUAAAAGGAAAUAGAGGUGCACAUCGGCCAUGAUUUAACUGAAUUGCAGAGUAGUCUGGUGGGCCUCAAUGACUUUCUAAUUGUAAAAGAGUGAUUAUGAUCUAGAGCACCCUCCCAGGGAAUGUGCCUGAGACAGAUUCAAUCAAUGCUUUCAUGAAGGAAUUGGAUAAUUCUCUGAAGAGAAACCCAAGAAUUGCAGGACUACAGGGACAAAGCAGGGGAGUGGGUCUAGCUGAGUAGCUUUUACAGAGAGACAUAAUGGACCAAAUGGCUUCCUAUGGUGUUGUCAUUCUUUGAUUGUAAUGACCCUCUAUUUUUCUGCAGUUAGAAGAAAAACAAAAAGGCCACAUGCCUCCUGGAAUUUGAAAUUUAAUGUGUCUUCAUUUUUUGCAGUCUGUGUAAUAAUUGUACAACUAUUCCUGUGAAAUUAACUGAAGAGUUUGUUGAAUGUCUUUGUGACCAUUGAUGUUAUUUAGUAACUAGUCCCUAGUUUCCAGCUAUGUUUGUUGUCUAUAUAAAUGGGACACUCGAGAAGCAAAUGUUUAAAUAAACUAAGAAUUGGAAGUGCAAUUAAAAUGAUGUGUUUGUGGCAAAUAAGACAACCAUGAUGUGAAUAAAACCAUGCUUACCCUGUA